UUUUGCGCAUUUCACGGUAUCCAACAUAUCAAACACAUCAUUAAUGUAUUUUCGCUGAGUUGGCAAUUCUUCUGUUAAUGUUUUUUAGCAAUUUAUAACCUCUAUCAUAGCGGUAAAACUUUAGUAUUAAAAAAAUUAGAAUAAUUAAAGUGAAUUAAUACUUGGAGUGAAGCAAGAUUGGAUUCAUCGAUCAUGACUUUAACUAAUAAAAUCAUCAAUGGACUUCAGUAUUGUACAAAUAAUAGUUUCAUUAAAGCUAAGGGAUUUCAUGCAUCAGCUUCACGUCUUUUAGAUCAAGAUUGGCGAAGAAUUAAAGGACUUCCAUCAAAUCCUAAUGCUUUUGGACCUUUAACAAAUCUACCCGACUAUUCUUUUACUGAUGGUAGACCAGUACCUUUUGGAGUAAAACAAUAUCUUCGGAUUCAAAAACAAAGAAAAUAUUUUGAGAAAAUAACUAAAUUGGUCAAAGAAAUCGAUUUUGCAGUUGAAAAUCACGAAAGGCGAACACAGGAAGCCGAAGAGAAAAGAAGAAAAAUUAUAGAAAACAAAUUAAAACCAAAAGGUCAAAUGAUCUUAGGGGAAUCAAAUACAAGUCAAUAGUUAAUCCUUUUUAACGUACGAUUGAGGUUGACGGACAAACAGGGAGAUGAAAAUUUAAAGUUGAUGCUAUAAAUUUUUUCGCGUGAUAAAAUGGAAAGAAGUCGGUAAUAAUACCAAACAAUCUGAUCAAUGUUCUAGCAAAUUCCAUAUCCUAAAUUACAUUUUAAUAUUAAUACGAUUUAUUCACCAAUUACAUUAUGACCAUCAAGUAAGUAACCUUAUCAUGUCAACUAAGAUGAGCUCUACAGAUUAAAAAAAUAUUCUUCAAACGGCAUAACUAUUUAAUUAUCACAAUUGCAAUCUAAUUAGAACUCAUCAGCUCCUCUUUUCGAUACAGAUGAUUGCGAAGAACAACUGAAUUGUUCUCAGGUGAUGUAUGUAAUAAUCGAUAAUGCAGCAUCGACAAAAAGAAGAUAACGAAGAGAUACUCAAUGUUUGAUUGCAAGUUAUAGUUACAUCACCUGAAUUCGUCCUGAAGUAACAAACCGACUCCAUCAUAUGUUUAGUCCCACUCC